AAGUUGGCCAAAAGAACUAAUUUUGUUGGCGAAAAAAUACUACGACACGAAAACUUAUCUCGCAGCCCAAGUUUAAGCUUACACCUUAAAACCUGCUUAGUGACUCGAAAAUCAAGAUUUGUGUCGGAAGACUACAUUAUAACCCAAAAUCAGCUCAACUCCCCAAAAUCCAAACCUGCCCAAGCCGAACACCAACCACCGCCUCAAGUUCAAUUCCAAGUCAAUUGCGAUCAAUCCACCCUGAGCAGAGUAAAAUCAGAGUAUGCACGACGACGAAAGAGGGGUUUAGGGUUUACUUCUGCAACCUAGCUGAUAAAUUGAGCAGAUCCUUAAAAAUGGUGAUUUUGAGAAGCGAUACCAAAAGAGAGAUGGGAAUGGAUAGGAUCAGUGAGUUACCUGAAUCGCUCAUUCAUUACAUUUUCUCAUUUCUUCCUAUCAAAUCUGUUGUUUCUACGAGCAUUUUAUCUACAAAAUGGAGGUAUAUAUGGACAUCCAUUUCCAUUAUUGAUCUUCGAGAAUGGCGGUCUGUGAAUGCUUCUUUGGGUAAUUGUCGAGACGAGGUUAGUAGAUUUAUGAGAUUUGUGGAUAGGGUGUUAUCUAAUCGCCAGGAUGUUCGUUCACCGUCUAUAAAGAAAUUCGUUCUCUCUUUCGAUACUUAUUUUGAUACAUCUCGGGUUAAUGGAUGGAUUUCUACCGUGUUACGACAUAAAGUUGAAGAGCUUGCUCUUGUAGAUCGGAAAGGUAUAAUGUUUCCUCCAAGCCUUUUUACUUGUGAGUCGCUAACUGUAUUGGAGAUAGAUAAGGGUUUCCUAGAACUUCCAGAAUCAGUGAAUUUUCCAAAUCUCAAGAUCCUUGGAUUGAGUAUCAUGUUGACGAAUGACCACUUGAUUCAAAAGUUGCUUUCGAACUCACCCGUUCUUGAAGAGUUGAGUUUGGAAAUGCGUAAUUGGAAUAUACAACAUCUAAGUAUUUUCUCUCCUAAGUUGAAGCGGCUGUUCAUGAAUGGUUUAUUGUAUCGGAAAUUCGAUAUCCAGAUAAGUGCACCAAGUUUGCAGUCAUUCAAAUACUCUGAAGUUCUUGCAAAAGAUUUCGUGUUGCAGAAUUUCUUAACAUUGCUGGAUGCAGAAGUUGUCCUUUCAUGUGUAGCAGAUAGGGGGGAAAGGGACGAACUUGGUUGUCUUGCAGCUAAGAUUUUUGCUAGCCUUUCUAAUGUAAAGCGUCUGAAAAUAUCUGAAUAUACCUUAAAGCUUCUUUCCUACCAAGAUGAUUUCCAGACGAAAUUGCCUUUGUAUUAUAAUUUGAAUCAUUUGGAAGUAUCGAGGGCAAGUUUUCACUUCAGACGUGAUGGGUACUUUGAAGAUAAUGUACAAUGUUGGAUUGUUAAAGUACUGUUUGACUUUCUCCAGGUCUCACCUAAUCUUGAGUCGCUGAUCUUUGAUGAGGGCUUUUCCAAUUGUAAGUCUAACAACUAUGAUGGUUGGUUGAUGGAUUUGAUUCCUCAGUGCUUGUUGCUGCACCUCAAGUCAAUCGAAUUUCGUGGGUUUUUUGGGAAGCAAAUUGAGAAGGAUUUGGUAAGAUUGUUCCUGAAGAAUGCGAAAGUUUUACAAAGGGCAAGAAUUACAAUUUCAGGUAAGUCAUCUUUAUCAAAGAAUUCAAAUUUCAAGAAAGAAGUUGUAGAUGAAAUAGCAUUGUUUCCUAGAGGCUCAGCUGAAUGCAUUCUCCAUAUCUCGUAGAACAUCUAUGGAAUUAGUUUUUUGAAGCUCUUAGUGUUAUGGAGUCAGAAACUCAAAUAUCUCUUACUUACGUUACUGAAUUGGAUUCCCUAAGUUCAGAUGGGUUCUUUUGAAGAGCAAUGGAAGCCAAAAAAUAGCUCUGAAAGAAAAACCAGUCUCUGCAUUUUGUUUCUACAGUGAUCGCAAAUGCUUUAUUGACGUUGUUAUGUAUGCACUUCUAUGUAUAAUAGUUAUUUUUGCUUACUUUUAGUAUCUUUUAGGACUGUAAACAUUUUUUGGGGCUUAUCAGCGUUGCAGUAUGUCUUUUUGUUCCUGAAGUUGAAAACUACGGCGUCCUUUGAAUUGCCUAGGAUUGCCAGACAGUAUGCUUGAGUUUAUUUGGAUUUCCAGGGACUGCAUGGCAGAAUCAGCUCGAGUGUAUGUAAAGAAUGUUUUGUUUACAUGUUAAUAUCAAAUUCCAUAUUUUGCA